GGCGCGGGCAGCCCGCCCCGCAGGGACCGGGCCGGGGCCGGGGUCGCCGCGGCGGAUCGGGGGACACCGCGCCCGGCGACCGUAAGGGGCCGUAGUCACCCACGCGUGUGGGCACAGCGUGGGGUGGAAAGGUUUUGAUUAAUGUGACUUUAUCUCAUAAGCAUACAACAAAGAACAAUGAAGGAUUGCUUUGUAAAUUCCACAGAAAAGGACCUCUCCGAUGCUGAAUCUGCAAGAAAAGGGUACGACAACCCUUCUUUCCAACAUGAUGAAAAUCUUGAACAAAGUGACCAGUUAAAGCCCAGAAAAAAAAGGAAGGAAAAUGAGAAGGCAGAGAAAAAGGUGGUUGGCAUUUUUGAAUUGUUUUGCUACGCUGAUUGGGUGGAUGUCCUUUUGAUGGUAGUUGGUUUGAUCGCAGCUGCUGCAAAUGGUACUGGAUUGCCACUUAUGAUCAUUGUCUUUGGAGAGAUGACAAACAGCUUCGUGCUAAGCGGCGUGAAAUCAAACAUGUCAGAAGAUACUUCAGUAAAUAGUUCCAGCUGUCCAUCAAUUCCAGGCGUAGAUAUAGAAGCUGAAAUGACAAAGUUUGCUUACUACUACGUGGGAAUUGGCUGUGCUGUGUUGAUCCUGAGCACCAUCCAAGUGUGGACGUUUUUGAUUGCUGCUACGAGGCAGACAGCCAGGAUCCGGCAGAAGUUCUUUUUUGCAGUGCUCCAUCAGGAGAUGGCUUGGUUUGACACUACCCAGAUAGGAACGCUGAACACCAGGCUGACAGAUGACAUCAACACCAUCCACGAAGGCAUCGGAGACAAGAUCUGUAUAUUUGUACAGUUUUUUGCCACAUUUCUGGCAGGGAUUAUUAUAGGAUUCAUCCACGGGUGGAAGCUGACACUGGUGAUUUUGUCAGUCAGCCCUCUGCUUGCUGCGUCAGCAGCAGUUUGGUCAACUCUCCUGGCAUCCCUUACUGCUAAAGAGCUGUCUGCUUAUGCCAAAGCAGGAGCUGUGGCAGAAGAAAUUUUGACAGCAAUCAGGACUGUUGUAGCUUUCAAUGGACAGCAAAAGGCACUGGCAAAAUAUGAUGCUAACUUAGAAAUGGCUAGAAGUGUUGGAGUGAAAAAAUCCAUUACGACCAACACAUCUCUAGGUGUUUCACAGUUUCUUAUCUUUGGAUCCUAUGCACUUGCAUUUUGGUAUGGAACCAAGCUCACUGCCGAGGAGGAAGAUUAUGACAUUGGCCGUGUGUUAAUUGUGUUCUUCUCUGUGCUCAUCGGAGCCUUCUCCCUGGGCCAGGCGGCUCCCAACCUGGAGAGCGUGGCUAAUGCACGUGGGGCUGCCUAUGAAGUAUAUCAGAUUAUCAAUAAGAAACGGCUCAUAGAUAGCAGUUCUAAGGAAGGCUACAAACCAGACAAACUCGUAGGAGAAAUUGAAUUCAGAAACAUCCAUUUCAGUUACCCAUCCAGACCUGACGUUAAAAUCCUCAAAGGUCUAAAUUUAAGAGUUCAAACUGGGAAGACCAUUGCUUUAGUUGGUGCCAGUGGCUGUGGAAAAAGCACUACUGUUCAGUUGCUGCAGAGAUUCUACGAUCCUGUCCAGGGAGACAUUACCUUAGAUGGUCAGGAUAUUCGGACGCUUAAUGUAAAGUGGCUAAGAGAAAAUAUUGGUGUUGUGAGCCAGGAGCCUGUUUUGUUUGCAACAACAAUAGCUGAGAACAUUCGCUACGGCCGAGAAGAUAUUUCUGAUGCUGAAAUUGAGCAAGCAGCCAAGGAAGCCAAUGCUUUUGACUUCAUAUCUAGGCUGCCUGAUAAAUUUAACACGAUGGUAGGUGAAAGAGGGGCUCAGCUGAGCGGGGGACAGAAGCAGCGAAUAGCUAUUGCCCGUGCCCUGGCACGAAAUCCCAAAAUUCUUCUUCUGGAUGAAGCUACAUCUGCACUUGAUACUCAGAGUGAAUCCAUAGUGCAAGCAGCUCUCGAUAAGGCUCGGGCUGGCCGUACCACCAUUGUGAUUGCUCACAGACUGUCUACCAUCAGGAGUGCUGACACCAUUGCUGGAUUUGAGAAAGGCAUCGUGGUUGAACAAGGAACACACAGUGAACUCAUGUUGCAGAAGGGAGUCUACUAUUCUCUUGUAAUGCAGCAGGGUUGCAGCAAUAAUCUUCAAGGUGAUGGGACUUCAGAAGAAAGUGAAGACACAGGGGCUGAAGAAUAUGAGGAAAAUGGCAGAAAUGAUCGUGUGGAGGACCUGACUCUUCAAGAUCAUUUUGAAGAAUCGGCGAUCUCUGGGAGAGGCAGCAUUCGAAGAAGAUCCAGCAGAUACAAGAGCAAGAGGUGCUCUUCUAAGAAAAAGUUCUCUGGGAAAAAGAAAAAAAAAGAGCUUGAGGAAGAAAAUCUCCCUGCUGUGCCUUACUCAAGAAUCUUGGCUCUGAACAAACCUGAGUGGAUGUAUGUACUGCUGGGAGUCAUUGCUGCUGCCGUCUCAGGUGGGGUCCAUCCUGCAUUCGCUGUUAUAUUUGGAAAAAUCAUUGGGGCUUUUCAAGAAACCGAUCCAGAAAAGAGGAGUAAAAACACUUUGGUGCUUUCUUUAAUGUUUCUUUUACUUGGAGUGAUUACCUUAGCAGCAUACAUAAUCCAAGGAUUCAUGUUUGGGAAGUCUGGGGAAAUACUAACAAUGAGACUGCGCUCUUUGUCCUUCAGAGCAUUGCUUCAGCAGGAGGUUGGAUGGUACGAUGACCAGAAAAAUGCUGUUGGUGUUCUGCUAACUCGGCUUGCUACAGAUGCUUCCCAAGUCAAAGGGGCAACUGGAAGCCGACUUGGACUGAUGACUAUGACUGUCUUUACCCUUCUGACUGCCAUCAUUAUUGCUUUUGUAUACGGCUGGCAGUUAACUUUGCUUAUCCUGGCCUGCAUUCCUUUCGUUAUUGCUACAAAUGCUGCGAGAGUUAGCUCUGUGUCUGGUCAUGCCGCAAAAGAUCAAAAGGCUUUGGAAGAGGCUGGACGAAUUUCAACAGAAUCCGUUGAAAACAUACGAACUGUAGCUUCACUGACCAGGGAAGAAGCAUUUUAUGAAAGAUACGUUACAAGUUUGAAUGGUCCAUAUAGAGAUUCUCUGACAAAAGCCCCCUUCUAUGGAUUUACCUACGGAGUAGCUCAGUGUGCAAAUUACUUCAUUAAUGCAGCAGUCUUCAGAUUUGGGGCAUGGCUCAUUGCCCAUUGUCUGAGCAACUUUGAAAAUGUAUUUAUAGUCUUCUCUUCCGUCAUAUUUGCCGCUAUGAAUGUUGGUCAGUCUUCUUCCCUGGCACCAGAUUACGGCAAAGCUAAAAUGUCAGCUCAAAGAAUCUUUCAGCUUCUGGACAGAAAACCUCUAAUUGACAGCUAUAGUGAAGAAGGUGAAAAAUUGAGCAAUUUUGAAGGAAACAUUGAAUUCAGAAACGUCCAUUUCGUAUAUCCAACAAGGCCAGAAGUUCAAGUUUUGCAAGGACUCAAUGUGAAGGUUAACAAAGGACAGACCCUGGCGUUAGUAGGAAGCAGCGGCUGUGGCAAAAGCACAUCCAUUCAGCUCUUGGAGAGAUUUUAUGACCCCAUGGGAGGACAAGUGUUAGCAGAUGGAUUUGAUACCCGAUCUUUGCAUUUACAAUGGCUGAGGUCCAGGCUGGGCCUGGUGUCACAGGAGCCCAUUUUGUUUGACUGCAGCAUUGCUGAAAAUAUUCGAUAUGGAGACAACAGUAGGGUUGUUAGUCAGGAGGAAAUUGAAGCAGCAGCUAAAGCAGCAAACAUUCAUGCCUUCAUUGAAAAACUGCCAGAGAAGUAUAAUACCCGGGUGGGUGAGAAAGGAACACAGCUUUCCGGAGGUCAAAAACAAAGAAUCGCAAUUGCCCGUGCUCUGGUUCGUAAUCCUGCCAUUCUGCUUCUGGACGAAGCUACAUCUGCUCUUGACACAGAAAGUGAAAAGAGGUCACCAUCACCUAUCAUGGAAAGAAAAGUGUCUGCACUUGCAUCCCUUUUGGCACGUUCCUCGCACUUGCUUACGUAGAGCAUUCUCACGCUGCAAUAGCUGGACAGACCCAGUAGCAGCUACGUAUGUUAAGGAUAAACAGAUAAAGGUCUUGAAGUAAGAUGCUUGGCAGCACUGUGUCACGUCGUUCCUUAUGGAAAGGCAGGCAUGGGUUUCGGUUGGGACCAGAAGGAGGAGGCGCCGAUGUGACGGAGAGAGCGUGUGUGCACCGCUCUGGGUUGCGGCAGCCGCGUGGGGAAAGAGCAGUGCCUGACGGCUGUGCCCUGGGAGCAUCCUCUGCUCUUACCUGAUUAAAAAGGGGAAAUAGGAAACGCAAGUAAAUAGCGUUGUUUUACUUAAGUUUACAAGUGAGAUGUUAUGUACCAUAAGAACACACUGAUUUAUCUCAAUACAAACAUACUAAAAGCCACUCAUAUCACAGCCCAGUUCAAAAGAUCAUCUGCAGAUCUGAGAAAAACACCAGACAAAAGCAAGUCCUACCCAACACAAAAGAGAUGGUGAGCAAGGAAACAGUAAAAUCCCAGCCACCCGUAAGAAUGACCAAAAAAGCACACUGCCAUGCCUGCCUGCUUAAAGACAGACUGAGACGGAUGACUCCAUGAGAUAUAAAUAGAUUAAUACACUCAGCUUGUAGGCACUAAUAACAAACUCCGAUGGUUUAGUUCAGACCAUCUAAGUCACCUUCCCAGCUAGAUGUGCCCAUACAGCUUGUAGGCUGUCUCCGACUAAAAGCAGACCUAAAUUCAGAGAUAAAUGGAUGUUAAAAGCACACUUUCAGCACCAAACCGUAGACUGAUACAGAGAUCAAAAGAAUUAGCCCUGACAGAAAAGAAAAACCUAUAAGGACCCGUCUUAAGAGCAGAGGAUUUGUUGGCCCCAUCACUCUCUGUCCUGUGCUGCCAUCUACCCCAGAUGUCGGAGUUAAAAAAAGAUUUCCCUUAUCCCUGCCCAAGCAGGGGCUGGUGUUCUCCAAACAUGCCCACAAUAUAACAAGUCACUGCUCGUGUCACUGAGGACUUCACCCCUAAAAUGACUGCCACAAGGACAGUGAUGAAGGAAACACAUCAGCCCAUGCUCGUCAAGGAACGCCAAAGGCCUCAUUCAUGACAAGCUCAGACAUGUGCUUUAUGCCAGCACUGAUCCAAGCCUCCUGUGGAAUUAUUAAGGUAUGAUGUCUGAAAAAAGAGAGCGAAGAUGUCAGAGAAGGCAUUCAUAAGGGAUUUUUGGAGAAAGAACUGAGUGUUUCUUAACCACUUGACUCCAUUGUAGUACCAUACGUAGCUGUUAGAUUUGGCUAAAACUUUGCAAUCGUUAGUCUAGUUACAAUGUUAAUUACUAACGCAGACUGAAGCCCCAGAGAUGGGAUAAGUAGUUGACAGAAGUGUGUGAACUAGAGGGCACAGGACCCGAUUCUCUUUAUGGCCUCAAAGAGUUAAUUGUCCUCUUGUUUUUAUGAGCAUUGGAGCGCACUAAUCCCAGUGGGUGUGGAUGUUUCCCAUUCCUGAAUGUGCUAUUUCAGUCUGAAAUACCUGUCGGCAAUUCAGGAAUAACGGUGUUUGCAAAACAGUAAAUUAAUAUAAUGUUUAUCAUCACGUGCUUUUUCCUAAAUGUCUACUUUCCUCUGCAGCCUAUAAAAUUUCAAUUUAUAUUCAUCUAAAGCCUGUGAAGUACGCACCAUCAUAGAGAAGUUAUUAAAUAACGCUGGUUGUAUGGCUGGAAGGAAAGCUUCCAUUAAAAUUGCAAUUUGCAGCCCUUGUACUUUUAGCAACUAUCUUCUAUUUAAGGAGUGGGGAGGAAAGAACAAUUGGAGUAUUUUUAGGGUCAGCUGAAAUACUAGUACAUCAAUGUGUACCUGGAUUAGGUUUAUGAGUUUAAUUAAGAUUUGCAGAGUUUGCAAAAUUCCGCUAAACAAUCUGUGGCAGGCAAUACCUAACCUGUACUUUCUUGGCUACCAUCAACACACGGUGUACCGCUGACUUUUCACUUACGUGUUUGCAAGCAGGGAUGUGUCAUAGAGCUCUUGUCAUACUGAGCUGUAGGAAAAUUCCUAUCACACCUGGGAGCGGGCCUAUUUGAAUGUUAAUGGUCAGUGACUUCAUCUAAUUAGUAAGGGAAAUGCUAAGAAAAUAUGUGGGAUCGUUAAGGUCUGCUCACCUGACAUUGCUGGGGGGUUUGAAGUGAAACUGCUCUCCUGGACUGUGUCUGCUCUAGGAAAAUAGCUGCCCUUGUAACACCAGUUAAAAAAAAAAAAAAUAAACAAAACAGAUCUUGAUCUGCUAGUUCCUACCAUAUAGAUAUCAGCAAAAGAGCUAAUAACCUAUUGCCGAUGGAGUUUGGGUUUCAAGGGUUAAAUGUCUUCUCUGGAUGAGGCUCAUGCCUCCCCUUCCACGAAGAAGCGUUUUGUUACAGCAGUGCCCCAGCUCUGCCUCCAUUUAGGGCUCUCCCACCGCCUGCUUCCAGGGGCACUCUACCCAGGGAACUCAUUUUUUCUAAGGAGAAACAACCAAAAGCAGAAGCUUUUCAUACAGUUUAUCUGGAGCCGUCGUUGUGUCUUGCUGAAGAAGAAAAUAAAGUGACAGCUUUUUCAAGGUAUUUCCAAGCUCUUCUGUUUGCAAAUGGGCUUGGAUUAUACUGGAGAAAUGUGGUUUGGCAGUUGCUACAGCUGUACCCAAACAGUACGUGAACCAGUCAAGACAGUGGAUGAAAGUCACCACAUGACUUCUUUCUCUGUAUCCAUACUGCUGCAUGUAGGGAAAAUUUGACAUCGUAAAACAUCUUCUCCACGUCUGAGACAUUAAUGUGUGUCUAAUAUCUUCAAAAUAGUUAGGCAAGAAAAGAAAUAGCUAGGCAACAAGGCUACAAACAGCAUAAAUGUAUUUUCUUCUCAUAAAAUAUACCUGAGGGGCUGCUUUUGCUAAGUCCUGACCCUUAGGUAUUUGUAAAGGACUGAUAGUUUUCUAUGCAAAGGUAGAAGAAUGCAGUUGCCUCGCUAUUCUUUACCAACCUCCAGCUGCCCUAUAUAUAAGCCUUACCACAGAUUGCCCAUCACCCUGACAUUUUCCAGGGUUAUAGCUCUCCCUGACUGUUCUCUUCCAGUUGCCUGGGCUGCUUUUCCUCCUCAAGCACCUUCCCUUGCCCACACAGCAGAUGCUGCACCAUGUGGUCCGAUGCAAAAGGACCAACAGAGAUGAGAGGGGAAGUGCCAAAAGCAAUAGCGGUGCAAAAGGAUUACUUUCUAAAAUUAACAAAAGUUUCUCAGCAGAAGACCGGUCAUUGCUCUCAGUAAGUGAAUCAUUUACACUGGAUUGCUUCCAUCUGCCUCUGCGCUUUGUCAUCUAGACUGGAAGCAGCUCUUGUCUACCUGAGACCCUAGCAGUCAUCUUCUCAUUUUAGCAUUUCUUGCCUACCUGGCUCAUCAGCAGUUAUGGCCAGGAACUAUUUUCUGAAGCAUGACUUUCCAUCUGGAAAUAAUAAUUUGCCGUGCCCUUAGGGAAGCUCACACAUCCGCUUGAGUUAUCCCCAGCCUGUCCAACGACACCGGUAUCACAUGCUCCAAAGCAAACUCGCUAAGCCUUCCUGCAAUUCUCCUGAAGAUGCCAACCUUUAUUUUACUGAAUGCUUUCUCAGAAAGAUAUUCUAAAGUCGUGUUAGCUCAACAAAUAGAUUUUGUGGACUUGUUUGAAUUGACCAUUGUAUAUUUCCUUGCUGUGCUGUUGCCACAGGAGUAACAUCCUCAUUUCUUUCUAAUCGUUAUGAACGUCAUCUGUGACUACUGCCUUCUCCUAUGCAGUCCAAAGCAAAAACACCUUGCAGUUAAUCAAUCACCACUGGAAUAGUUCCUUUUGUUACGGUCCUUGAGGUUUGCAAGAAUGACCUGAAUAUGGCCAUUUUUGUGGAAAUAAUUGUUGAAGCUCACCCCUGGUUGCAAAAGGCUAUCCUCCACCUUUGAUCCACCACGGGCAGCAUUCGCAGAGAAUGCACAUGGUAUUCUACCAAGAGGGAAACAAGGGGGAAACAGGCACUACCGUGGGACACUUACCACUCAACUGCAGACAUUUAGGGCUGAAGCAAUCAAUCAGAUGAUUGCCUUUAAAGCUCCUCUAGGAUGUGACUCAUCUGUUUCCACAUAUCUGUCUGAGCAUACCGUGAACUACACCAGGGAAGUGCCUAUUUCUUACCAUAAAUCUAAAUGGGGAGUCUCAGGUUUUGUUCAGAUUAUACAUUUAUCUUAGGUGAAGGGAGUUCCGCUCUGAAUGUUUGAUCUUUCUUAAAGAGACAGCUAGGUUAACUUACCAGUCCGCAAAGACGUUUUGGAGGUCCUAACCAGGAAGGCACUGGGGAGCGCACUCUGCAGACAAGGAGUACUUCGAGGAAGGGGAAGGGCAUCUGCAGUGCAGGAGGGUGAAAUUUCUUCAUCUAGUUCUUAGCAGUGCAGGAAGGUUGGAGCAAAGGACCAACAUUCAGGAGACAGGAAUUAUUUAUCCUGAAUGUGUAAGAUGGAAAAGAGAAUUACAGAUUGCAAAAGCAUCCAAAAUGGCUUAUAAUAAUGAGCGAAUUAGCAGAAUCUGGAUUAUUUUUUUCCCUCUGGAUGGCAUGAGGGGAAUUCUAAACAGGGAGUUAACGUUUUCAGGGAUCAAAAUAAAUGGUGUCUCUGACAAUCCCAUGCAUCGCCUGGUUUUUAUAAAACCACACUACAAAUGGUACGUGGAGUUCCCAUUUUCACAUCUGCUAUUCGUAUGAACAGACACCUGGCAAUGUAGUAUAUGUGUAGUUUCAGUGGAAACUCAACCAAACAACUAUCACUUUAUCAGCACUAAUGGUCUUAGUUAUAAACCCAGUACAUAUGUUUUAUUUACUGUAAAUGAAGUGUAUAUCAGCAACACUGAAUACGAAAAUGAAAUUUUAAUGGACCACUUUUAUGAUGCUAGAGCAAUGUGAAGAGACAUCUGUAAUGUGAUUUACUUUUUAAUAUUCAGUAAUGUAGUUUUAGUUGGAAUAAAUAGGGUUCCCAAUAAAGACUCACAUGACUAUUUUCUUCAAUUUCUUAUUUCACACAUACUUUAAGACCUGGAGCAACUUUUUCCAUGAAUUUAUGCCAAUACCCAAUACUUUUGGGACUCUUCC